UCCUUUCAAACCCUAAAAAUUCAAUAAAACAAAAAGGAGAGAGAGAAGAGAGAGAGACUUGGAGAAGGAGAGAGACCAUAGAAGAAAAUAUAAUGAACAAAAACAUAUACAUACACAGAGACACUACUCCUUUAUCUUUCCAUCUCCACUGGCCUCUCUGCAACUCUUUCUUCUUGGUGUGAUUCUCCACCAUAUCUCUCCAAGAAAAAGAAAAUCAAAAAGGACAAAAAAAAAAAAAAAAACCUAUCAACCUUUACAAAAGAAAGAGAAGAUUAAAGAUCAAGCACCAUGGUCUUCUCUUCCAUUCCAGUCUAUCUAGAUCCACCCAACUGGCAGCAGCAGCCUAAUCAUCAACCGGGAGCUGGCGGAGAGAACCCACAACUUCCACCGCCGCCUCCGCCCUCUGGAGGUGGUGGGGGUGGUAGCUCUGGAGCAAUCAGGCCUGGCUCGAUGACUGAACGAGCUAGACUGGCAAAGAUUCCACAGCCUGAAGCAGCUCUUAAAUGUCCGAGAUGUGAAUCAACAAAUACUAAAUUUUGUUACUUCAAUAAUUACAGCCUUUCUCAGCCUCGCCACUUUUGUAAGACCUGCCGGCGAUAUUGGACUAGAGGAGGUGCAUUAAGAAACGUACCGGUUGGUGGCGGAUGUAGAAGAAACAAAAGGAGUAAAGGAACUAGUAGAUCGAAAUCUCCGACUAAAGCUGGGUCUAGCUCCAGUAGUGGACUUGUUUCUAAUAGUUGCACCACAGAUAUUAUAGGGCACAUGGCCCCUCCACCACCACAAUUGCCAAUCUUGCCAUCUUUACAUCAUCUUGGUGACUACAAUUCCACGGACAUCGAGUUAAAUUUUGGUGGGAUUCAGCCUCCGGUGGCAGCAACAGCUGGUGGAGGUGGUGGUAUGGAGUUUCAGCUUGGAAGCUCAACUUCAGGCGGUGCUAGUGGUUCUUUAUUAUCUACCGGCGGACUUGUCGAUCAGUGGAGAUUUCAACAAGUUCAACAAUUCCCUUUCUUGGCUAAUAUUGAGCCGCCAAAUGGGCUGUAUCCAUUUGAAGGGAUUGAGCCUGCAAAUUACGUUGGCCAGCUUCGGUCUAAGCCAAUGGACAGUGGGGUGACUCAGCUAGCCUCAGUGAAAGUGGAAGAAAAUUAUCAAGGAUUGAAUUUGUCAAAAAAUUUUCUGGGUAUUACAGGAAAUGAUCAGUAUUGGCCGGGGAGCACUGCAUGGACUGCAGAUCUUCCUGGUUUUAGUUCCUCUUCUACGAGCCAUCUCUUGUGAUCUUGAUGCUUCUUAUAUUCUUUUCAAAGCUCUCCCAUCCAAAUCUUGGUUUGUUUUCACUGAAUUCAUACAGAUUUCACUAAAGAUUAUAAAUCGACUGCCCCCAUGAUCCUAACUUUGCCAAUUAUCGAUCUCAAAGAAUCUAAUCAAGAAGAUAAUGAUGAAUAGGAAGGAUGGAUGGGUCAAAGAAAUUGUCUAGUUCUCUCUCUCUCUCUCUGCAUGAUCUACAGAAAGAAAUUAGAAAUGGUAGGCUUCUAGUCUUUGAAAUUUAUUUGCUUGUUAUUUUUUGGUUUAUCUUGUAGUCUAUGGGUAUGUUUACAUAAGUAUAGAGCCUAUAUGUGUUCAUGGGGUUGGAUAUAUCUGACAUGAAGGGCUUGUAAAGUUAUUUAUUUGAUCAAAUCAUGCACUGCACUGAGCGAUUUUCCUUGUAAUGAUUAUAUGUGAAAAUUGCCCUUAAGUUCUUCCUUCAGAAGAAAAAAAAAAAAGGAGCUUUCUUGCCAGAAUUCAAUCUCUUAUGCUCAAGUAAAGCUAACUCCAGAAAUGACAAGCUUCACUAAUUUCA